GCAUAUGGUGGCUACCAUAAAGCGUAGGUGGGUGCGUUUGCAAUGUUCGUGGCGAGAUGUGAACAAAUGAGGUUCGCAGCCAAUCAGGCUAUGUUGUCGUACGAUGAGUACAACAAAAUCGUCAAAACAACCGAUGCAUGGAAUCCGAUUGAGAGCGACGAGGAGGCCGAAACAUCGGACCUUGAAAUCGAAGAGCGAGUGAAAUUUUUGCAAGAGGGAAUGCAGAGUGUGCCAACAUGCAGCGUGCCAAACGAGAAUCGAGAAGAAGGUCGUACGAAAUCGGGAGGUGCGAGCAGUCCAACGCGUGACGUGACCGACAAGGCGAGUUCCAUUGAACAAAUGCAAACGGAUUCGCCUACGCCCCUCAAAGCACUUGAGAAUGCAUUGAUUCAUGGCAAUCGUCACGGGCUCCAGGGGAGGCAUCGUACUCUUCGAGGAAACACGGAACACAACAUGAUGGGAGACGACGAUGAGGAUGACUUGGCGGUUCCAGAUGCCCUUCCAAGGCUGAUGCCUGGUGAUGAUAUUCCCAAUCGCAUUGUGCAAGCCAGUGAACAGCCGUACUUCAUUGAAGACAAGGUGCCAGAAACGACGUCUGAGAAGUAGGGACACCACAUUUUGUGGCACAAAGACGUAUUCGAGCCAUGCACUUUCAAGGGGGAGUGGAAGAUGGCACAACAUCUUACAUCAGGAUGGAAAGUCAAAGCCAGACUGGCAGAAGUACCGUGGAUGAAAGUGACGAAGAGCGAAAUCGUAUUCCAUGUC